GACCACGCGCCAGCUGCUGCCGGCCUCCCGACCUGCCCAUGAUCACCCUGUGCCUUUCGGCUCUGCGAGGCCUCCACAGAGAAAGAUGUGUCACGCAGACCCAUAAUGUAGCUGGCAGUGAGCAAUGCCAUGGAUAACAGCCUAAGGAAUGCUGUGUGAGCUGGUGGUUCCAGGAUUCGGCUGAGGAUGACGUUGGGAAGGGCUGUGGCAUCCCCUCUUCAGGCCAUGUCUUCCUACACCGCCACAGGCAGGAAUGUUCUCAGAUGGGAUCUUUCUCCAGAGCAGAUCAGGACGAGGACAGAGGAGCUUAUAGCACAGACCAAGCAGGUGUACGACACCGUGGGGACAAUCGACCUGGAGGAAGUAACUUACGAGAACUGUCUGCAGGCGCUGGCUGACAUAGAAGUGAAGUACAUAGUGGAAAGGACCAUGCUGGACUUCCCUCAGCACGUGUCGUCUGACAGAGAAGUGCGGGCUGCAAGCACAGAAGCAGACAAAAGGCUUUCUCGUUUUGAUAUUGAGAUGAGCAUGAGAGAAGAUGUAUUUCAGAGAAUUGUUCGUUUACAAGAAACAUGUGAUUUGGAGAAGAUAAAGCCUGAAGCCAGGCGAUACUUGGAAAAGUCAAUUAAAAUGGGAAAAAGGAAUGGACUCCAUCUUCCAGAACAUGUAAAAAAUGAAAUCAAAUCAAUGAAGAAGAGAAUGAGUGAGUUAUGCAUUGACUUCAACAAAAACCUCAAUGAGGAUGACACGUCCCUUGUAUUUUCCAAGGCUGAACUUGGUGCUCUUCCUGAUGACUUCAUUGACAGUCUAGAAAGAACAGGUGAAGACAAGUACAGAGUCACCUUAAAGUAUCCCCACUAUUUCCCUGUCAUGAAGAAAUGCUGUGUCCCUGAAACUCGAAGGAAGAUGGAAAUGGCUUUUCAUACCAGGUGCAAACAGGAAAACACGGUAAUUCUGCAGCAGCUCCUCCCGCUGCGAGCACAAGUGGCCAAACUGCUCGGCUAUAACACCCAUGCUGACUUUGUCCUCGAGCUGAACACUGCAAAGAGUACGAGCCACGUGGCAACCUUUCUAGAUGAUUUAAGCCAGAAAUUAAAACCCUUGGGUGAGGCUGAACGGGAGUUUAUUUUGAGCUUGAAGAAGAAGGAAUGUGAAGAGCGAGGUUUUGCAUACGACGGGAAGAUCAAUGCGUGGGACCUCCAUUACUACAUGACCCAGACAGAGGAGCUCAAGUACUCUGUGGAUCAGGAGUCCCUCAAGGAGUACUUUCCCAUUGAGGUGGUCACUGAAGGCUUGCUAAGCAUCUACCAGGAGCUGUUGGGACUUUCAUUUGAACAAGUGGCUGAUGCCCAUGUUUGGAAUAAAAGUGUUUCACUUUACACCGUGAAAGAUAAAGCUACUGGAGAAGUGCUGGGGCAGUUCUACCUGGACCUCUAUCCAAGGGAAGGAAAAUACAACCAUGCGGCCUGCUUUGGUCUCCAGCCAGGCUGCCUUCUCCCUGAUGGCAGUCGGAUGAUGUCUGUGGCUGCCCUGGUGGUCAACUUCUCUCAGCCUGUAGCAGGUCGGCCCUCUCUCCUGAGACACGAUGAAGUGCGAACUUACUUCCAUGAGUUUGGUCACGUCAUGCAUCAGAUCUGUGCACAGACUGACUUUGCACGAUUUAGUGGAACAAAUGUGGAAACUGACUUUGUAGAGGUGCCAUCACAAAUGCUCGAAAAUUGGGUGUGGGACAUUGACUCCCUGCGAAAACUGUCAAAACAUUAUAAAGAUGGACACCCUAUCACAGAUGAGCUGCUGGAGAAGCUUGUGGCUUCGAGACUGGUCAACACAGGUCUUCUGACGCUUCGCCAAAUUGUUUUGAGCAAAGUUGACCAGUCUCUCCAUACCAAUGCGUCGCUGGAUGCCGCGAGCGAAUACGCUAAAUACUGCACAGAAAUUUUGGGAGUUGCAGCUACGCCAGGCACAAAUAUGCCAGCUACGUUUGGACACUUGGCAGGAGGGUAUGACGGCCAGUAUUAUGGAUAUCUUUGGAGUGAAGUCUUUUCCAUGGACAUGUUUCACAGCUGUUUCAGGAAAGAAGGGAUUAUGAAUCCAGAGGUUGGAAUGAAAUACAGAAACCUAAUCCUGAAGCCUGGGGGGUCCCUGGACGGCAUGGACAUGCUCCAGAAUUUCUUGCAACGUGAGCCAAACCAGAAAGCAUUCCUGAUGAGUCGAGGCCUGAAUGCUUCAUAAAGCAGGGACGCUGGGGGCUGUCGUGGCUGGAGGACAAGCCAACACCGACCGUCAUGUGGUGCCAGCCUGGAGACUGAAGGCGAUUUUACAAAGGAAAACUUAGAUUUCUAUUCAUUUGCUUUUGUUUCCUAAUUUUAAAAAUUAUACAGAUGUAAAUGGAAUUAUAAAUACUGUGACCUAAGAAAAGACCCACUAAAAAUAAUUGUACUAUAAAGUUUCAUAAAAACAGAUUUGAUUUCUUUUGAUAAAAGUUUCAUAUGACUGUAAUUUGAUUUUUUUACUGUUAUAAUCCAGAUAAUAUAAUGUAAGAGGGCUAAGACAUUUUAAAUUGAAUCACAUACAUGAUAUAAUUUGAUCUUUCUUAUAUCUUGAAGUUUUAUGCCCGAGAUUCCUAGUCUGAUAAGUGAGUCAUCACGUUCUCUCUGGUAAAUAUUUUCUCAGAGCCCUGUGUCAACCUUGACCCUCUGCCUCACAACUGAGCGACAGCUUGCCUGUGUGUGUCAAGGCCAGUGGGAUACACUUCAGUGCUAUUUGUCUUUUGUAGUGAGCUUCAUGAUUCUCGACUUCUGUCACACUUACUUACAUAUCUCCACUUAGAUUUGUUUUUUUUUUUUUCUAAAAUUGAAUUUCUAAAGUUAAUAUUAUUAUUUAGAUAAUAUUUUUUAAUUUUGUUUCAGCUGGCCUAGUAUAUAAGUUUUGUGUCUUGAACUAGAAGCUCGAAUGUCAAGGCUUCUGUUGCAGGCACAGUGAGAGAAGCAGAGAACUCAGGCAUUUUUUGGGCUCUCCUUCCUUUUAGUCUUUGCUAUAUAUUUGUUUCUGCUUAUUUUGCAUAUAUAUAUAUGUUUUGUUUGCUUGAGGCACCAUCUCACCAUGGAGCCAGAUUUGCCUGGAACUCAUGGUAAUUCCCUUGCUUUGGCCUCCCAAGCCUUAGGGGCACAGGUAUGAGCUGCCUCACUCAGCUCAGUUCUCAACUUUUCUAAUAAGGAUUCUGACCUUGCCUCCCUGAAAGUGGUAGGUAGGCCCUGUAGUCACAGUGUGUUGAAGUGCCAGGGGGAGAGAUGACAUUCACUGGAACUUAGUUUUAAAAACUCCAGAAAAGAGUGAGUUGGAGCAGAGCAUUUGAGAACAGCUGUUCCCAAGGGUUCCGUGGGCACCCGAGCUGUGGGAAGAGGCUCUCAAGCAGCCUGUUUCAUAUGGCGACUGUUAAGUGAACCUCCAGAUCUCCAACUCCUUUUAUUGGGACCUAGGUUUCCAGCUCAGCAGCAGAGUAGUGAGCUCACAGCUUUAUUUUAGCCCUGGGAGUCUACUCCAAACGGAAGCCAAGUAGGAUAGAGAGGAGAAAAUGUAAAUGAGCUGUGAUCGGACUUUCCACCGGGCUUUGAGUUGUUUCUCCACACAUACCUGAGGAAUGACUUUCCUGGCAGGCAACGAAAUUAGAGCCUGUCUGUUCUUUAGACCCGGUGGACUUUGUGUUCAAUAAAAUAUUAUGCCGUGUAAUAAAGUUCUACAGAGUACCAAGAGCUGGUACAAGGCAGGGAAGCCCUUUGUUUAUGUCGUUUGAUUUGAUUUUUACAGGGCUGGGCAUCAAACCUCGGGCUUCUUCACUCAUGCCAGCAAGUGCUGUGCUCUCCAGCUGCUUUUAUGGUGGUGGUAGAAACCUCUGGAAGCUUCUCACAUCUGUCUCCACCCCCAUUUUUGUUUCCUACUUUCAGACAAAAAAAGGAAAAAAAAAAAAAAAACAACUCUCUUCAGCUUUUUCUAUUAUUGCCCAGUGUGUCACCUUCAAAAAUAACUUUAUCAUAAAUCUUACUUUACUUGGAAAAGCUAAUAGCCAGUGUGUAAAAGACUGCACACAAUAAAGUUACAUCAUU